UUCAUCUAUACCUGAAACUACUUUGCCAGUACCAUCUAACGCUAUUAUUGGGAUUGUUAAUACAAGGAAUGGAGAUAAUGAAAAAAAAAUAAAGAAGGCAAAGAUUGGAAAGGUUUCCUUAACUUGCCAUAUGAUACAUAUUGGUCCUAUCAAAAAUCUUCGUGAUUGGUUAAAUGCAUGCUGUCAAAACAGAAAAUAUGCAUCAGAACAAGAACAAGAAAUUGUUCAAAAAGUUAUUAAAAAAUUUAAAUCAGACUUUCCGACCUUUCCUGUUUCUGUAGAGGAUUUUGUUUUGCAAAAGCUCACAGAAGAUAUUAUAGAAAACUGGG